AUGGCUUCGUCGGCAGCAAAACCAAGGCUUGAAAAUAAGGUGGCCAUUGUUACUGGUGGAUCUCAGGGCAUUGGAAAAUGUAUUGUGAGGUCGUUUGUGCAACAUGGAGCAAAAGUAGUUAUUUUUGAUGUCAAAGAUGAAUUGGGAGAACUAGUUUGCCAAGACUUGGGUGUUGACUUAGUAUCUUUCGUCCAUUGCGACGUAACCCUUGAAUCAGAUGUAGAGAACGCAAUCAACACCACAAUUGCUAGGCAUGGACAACUGGACAUCAUGGUUAACAAUGCAGGAAUUAUUGAUGAGGCAAAACUUAGCAUUUUAGACAAUGACAAGAUGGACUUUGAACGUGUUAUUGGUGUCAAUCUAACCGGAGUGUUCUUGGGAACUAAACAUGCAGCGCGGAUGAUGAUCCCAAAAUGCAAUGGGAGCAUUAUCACAAUUGCGAGUGUCGCUUCUAUUACUGGCGGGGGUGCAUCUCAUGCAUACACAAGUUCAAAGCAUGGUGUAGUGGGACUGGCAAAGAAUGUUGCUGCGGAGUUAGGAAAGUACCAAAUUCGUGUCAAUUGCAUAUCCCCCUACGUUAUACCAACUCCGUUGGCACUUAAAUUCUUCCACAUGGAUGAAAACUCAAGUGUUUACUCAAACCUUAAAGGGAAGAAGAUUGGACCACAAGAUAUUGCAAAUGCAACGAUCUUUUUAGCAAGUGAUGAGUCUGAGUAUAUUAGUGGACAUAAUUUGGUCAUAGAUGGUGGUUACUCUGUUCUCAAUCCGGCAUUUGGCUUGUUUUCAUGGACACCAUAGAUUCCUAGAUCACUACAUCGUUCUUUUGUUUUGUGCGUUCGCAUUUGUUUCCUCUUUUCCGUUGUUUUCUUUGUUGAAUAAUGUCACGUUCUCUUCCAAAUUCCCAUAAUAAUAAGAU